UGGCUGAAGAGCUGAAUGGCGUGGAGCGGCGAGGGGAGGGACUGGGCCGCGGCGGACUCGGCGGCGGAGGGAGGAGCGCGGCUGCGGGCGGGCGGGCGGCGAGCGAGGCGCUCAAAGUCAGCCUCGCAGACAUUGCAGCAGAGCCCCGAACUCGGGAGGCGGCGGCGGCGGCGGCGGAGGAGGAGGCGGAGGCGGAGGAGGUGGAGGAGGCGGCCGAGGCGGAGGGACGCGCCGGCCCCAAGCCCUCCCGCCCGCCCGCGCACGCCCGCCGGUGGCCCCGCGGCUGCCACUGCGCUUGGCAGCGCUGCUGACCGGAGGGAAGAGCUCGCCGGGGCGCCGAGGGAGCACGGGGCGGCGGGGCGCCUUCGUGGAGUGCGCCUGACGGAGCCCGAGGCGCGGAGCCGCGGCGGCCUCGGGGAGUGUUGGACUGUGAGCUAUUGCAGAACUCUGUUCUCAGGACCCGUUAUUUUAACAGUCAGGAGAAACACAUCUAGAAGAUGCACGUGAGACUGAAGGAGGAACAGGGAAUCUGAAGACUCCAGAUGACAGGAGAGCUACUUUUCAACAGCCUUCUCGAUUUCCUUUCUCAGAAAGUAGAUACAAACCUUGUUGGAGACAGAUGGUGAGAAUAUUUUUCCUGCAUUCUUAAGGCUUAAUCAAUGUAAUUUUAAUAUAUUUUGGACCAUAAUUUCUUAGUUAUAAAUUAGCUCGUAGUCACCAGAUUUAUAUUUUGUGUUAUAUCUGUGCAAAUUAUUUCAUUAAGCACAGUGUGGUUUAAAACAAAACAGUGAGUAAGAUAUAGUCUAAGGAGCUUACAGCGAAAGGAGAUAAAUAAAUUUUAUCAAGCAGUAGAAAGAAGUUAAAUGCCCUAAGAAAGACACAAGAGAUUCUUCAGAAUUCAAAGGUAUAGAUUACUUCUGGAGAGGGACUGAGAAGCUUGAAAUCAGAAAUAUUAGUUGUGCUGAUGAUAAUUUGUUUUUACCAAAAACCAGAGAAAAUGGACAGUUAAUAUAAAACCCGAAAUAGCAAUCUGAUUUCAGAUAAAAAGUUAAUUAUUGUUUUGAGGAAAAAUAGAAGCAUGUUUGGUUAUUGUGGUUUUAUCACAAUCUGAGUCAAUGAUUACUUUUUGAAUUAUAUAAAAUGGUUACCUCUUACAAGGCAGAUAGUAUAUUAGCAUUUCUGAGAUGUGAUAAAAUAAUCUGAUUAAGUUACCACAAGUAGGUGGGCAGUACGACAGAAAGAGAUGGGCAAGUGGUUAAUUCUACUUGGAUUAGCACUCGUGUUAUCUCGUAUAGCUACAGCCUAAAUGAAUUUGUCAUGUCUUAAGCUCUAGCACUUUGCACUGCUUACGCCUGGACAGAAGCACUUCGAGUAAACUGGGAAAGGACAUAGUGAUGAAUUAUUGUGCUCAUAAUUAGUUGUGAAGAGUUCACUUUCAAUUAGCUAGCUGAAAAUUCUCGUUAGAAGAAAUCAGAUAGGAAAUCCUAAAAUUCAUGGUAUUUUAAUGGACCCUGAUGUUUCUAAAGGGGGAUGGCAACUUUGAGCCAGAUUUUUUCCUUAUUUUAUGUGUGAGAUGGUGGGCACAGUGCUAAUACAAAUUCCUGUUUCCUGACUAUUCUGAGUAUAUUCAGAACACCCAGGGAUUAAGUUAUUUAAUUAUUCUUCUUAUUUUUUUGUUUUAAGCAUUCUCUUUGUUCUUUUUUGUAAUUUAAGUAGGAAAAUCUUUAAACCAUUGUAUUUGUCAAAUAAAAGGACUAUACAGUUACUAAUAAUUUUUUGGUUUGCUAGUCAUUCCUCACAUAUUCUUAUAUUAUUUUUUCCUCUAAAUUGAGAUUUUAAAUCGACCAGAGUUUUAUUUGUUAAAUGCUAAGAGUUCUUUCAUUCAGGUAUAAUUAUGUGUUAAUGACUGAUAGUCCAAAAUCUGCUUUUAUUAUUUGAUGAGCAUAGUUGUUACUGCGCUCUAAUUCUCAACUUUUAAUUUUGCUAAAAUGAAAAUUAUAAUCAUGCAUAUUCUUGUGACCCACAAGAUAUAAUUAGUUUGUUGUUCUUAAUUUGUCAACGCCCUUGUUUUACCAAGUAACCAACAACCACUUAUGACAGUUGGAUAAAUAAAUCAUAGAUAGCCAGCUGGCAAAUUUACAUAGCCAAAAAGUUGUCCUUGAAAAUGAUCAAAUUUAGAUCUUUUCUCCCAGAUAGAAAAGACAGAUUAUUUUGAGUGUACAAUGAAUAGUUUGAAAGCAUAUAAAAAUGAGCUAUUAGUGAUGAUCACUUAUGUACAUUUAAAUUUUUUCAAGAUUUAAAAAAUGAAUAUAUGUUCAAUAUGUGUUUUCUAAAAUAUGUUUUGUUAAACAAUUCUUUGUUUUGAACUAAAGGUCCAUGGUCAAAUAAAUUUGGAGAAGUUGUUAUAAUAUAUCUUUUCAGUAGGCAUUCUGUUAGUCAGCCGUUGGAUUCUUAGUUUCCAAAGGAGGAUUUUUAUAUAUCUCAGAAGACUAGUAUUCGAUAGAAUACAGUUGAAGAGUGUGAAUUAAUAUAUUCCAUGAGGUUUUACUAUCAUCUGUCCAUUAUACAGCUACCCUCCAGAAACAGGUAUGUCAUAUUUUUAAGUAGAGUAAUGUUCUUGUGAAUGAGAGGCCAAAGAGGGUGAUAAGGAAAAGGAAAAAGAAUUUGAUUCAAUGAAUAUUGCAAAUCAUAUAAAGUAUGAAGUGUUUAUAAAGCUUCUCCGUGCCUUAGGCCAGAUUUCCUUUGCUCACUUGUCAGCUCUGUCUUUUGAAAAAAAAACAAAAAACAAAAAC